AUGGCCUCCUCCGCUGAGAUGAGCAAUCAUCUUGAGCAGUCGGGGCUCGGCGUGCACCCCGCAAUCCUCCACAGACCGGCCCACAAUGCCGCGGCCAAGGACGUCCUGCACCUGCUCGCCACUCACAGACAGGCAUCAGCAGCAUCAGCAGCAACACCGGACAGAAACGAAACGGCCGUCUCCAUGCUGGCCAUGCGGCACCCAGGAAGCCAUGUCAUUGACCUACCGUCUCGGCACAGAAAGGAGAGUAAGGGCCGAGACGGUAGGAGACACACACACACGGUUGGUUGUCGAGCUGUCGGUCGCGUUAGAGUCUGGAGUUGCGUGUGUGUCUGUCUGUGUCGGUGCAGCCACCAGCAAGAUUGAGACGGGAAGUGAGAGCCAGCGAGCCAUCCCCCAGCUGGGCAAAGGUAUGUUUGUCAUGGCGACGAUGCAGUGAGCACAGUGCCGUGAUGGCCUGUCUCGCUCAGAUGAGGACCUCCUUGUCGGCUUGUCGGAGGACAACUCGGCCGCCGACGCCCACCACCACCCAUCACUCAUCGAGAGAAAUACAAGUGAGCCACUUGGCUUCCCUCGUCCCCUUCUCUAGCGGUGCAGCACAUUGCUGUCUUUGCCCUUCUCGGCGGUCGCCGCCCUUGUCGUGUGUCAUCAUGCAGCCGACAUCCAUGGGCCUGGUGUUCCUCCCGAGAUUCCGAGACAAAUGGAGGUGAAGAUGGAGGCAAUACGGACGCUCACGAAGGGGCAGAUCAAGACCGUCAAAGGCCUCUGCGAGACCGCCUGGAUCCAUUGCAGUGUGAUGCGCAGCCACGUCGUUUCAAAGCCCAAAUCUGUGCUGCGCAAAAAGAAGAAGGUAACUAAGAUGGCCACACGCGCAGACUCAGUCCACAUGCCCCAGAGAGAGAAGCUCUAUAUGUAUGCGUUGCUGCAGGCGCAGAAGUGGAAAGAAGUGCCCAGUGCGAAAGGCUUCUGGAAUCGGAGGGAGUGUCGCUCCUCGAGGGGUUUGUGGCAACAGGAGACAGCUUUGCCAAUUUUCCUCCGUUACCCUCUCCUGUGCAGCCUUGACGAAGGAGGGAACUUCGGGCCCGGAUCAAAUUUCAAAAUCAUGUGAGCAAGGAGAUGAUGUGCAGGCGUGUGCACCGCGUGUCGGCGGGCAGGUUCAAAAAGGGCGGCUUUGGCUUGGUGCUCUUCGCAGAGAUUGACAGAGGCACGUGGGCAUGGACACGCGUGUGCAUACUACGGGUCUGUCUGUAUCGUUUCUGUGUGUAUGGCUGUGUGUGUGGAUUGAUGGCAUGCAGAGAUGCUGAUUUCGCCGACGGACAAUGUGCCAGGUACCCAUGUGCCCACGGCCAAUGCUGUGAGUCGCUAUUCAUAUUCGUGACGGUGUACGUUUUGUUCACAUAUACGGAUGAAGCGAGUGAAAGAGAAAGUGGCAUUUUGCGCGUCGUAAUCAUGCCGCGGAGUGACUACGAGUCCCAGUUGUACGACGAUUCCGAUAGGAAUGCGCCAACCGAAAACCUCCUGAAGGAGUUAGAAAGUGCGCCAGCUAUCGAGAUGAUGCAACACACAUUGGCAUCCGCUAGGGUGUGUGUAUGUGUGUGCGUGUGUCUGUGCAGAUUACGCGGCCAUCUGGGAAGAGAUAUCAUCAGGAGCCAUCUCUGCCGAGAAAAUGCCGCAGAUUCCUAAGUAUUACCUGCCGAAGGAGGAGCUGACAGGUCGGUAUGCGCAGACUCAUCCACACCCGCACAUCGAAGCAAACAGAGCCUCUGUUGUUUCUCUAUCGUGCAUACAAACAGCGCUCAUCAUAGGGCGUCUUCGCGGCAUCGAAGUGAAAGACCUACUUUACGUUGACACGAAAGACCUGCUUUACGGCCACAUUCGACGCGACAUCCCGUGGCACCAGGUGGUGCCUGUGCGCCUCAACGGCGAGAGAAAAGACCUGACAUUGGGUGCCUUCAUAGUGGCACUCUUGGCUGUGGGAAUUUAUGGUAAACAACAUGCGUGAAUCGAUGGAGUCCGCGCCAGUCUUACGUCUUCAGGCCUCAACAGAAAUGCGGGCCAUCGACACCAAGACAUUGACCAUGGUAUGGAUAUAUGCGUGAAGCCAGGUGCAAGUGGGACCUCUCUCAGUGAGUGGGUCUCUCUCUAUGUGUGUGUGUGUAUGUGUGGGGGUGUGUCUUCUCAACAACCUGCAGCUGAUCGAUCUCAGCUCUAUGCGCAAGAUCCCGUCCGGCAAGACCUAUGGUCUUAAGGACAUGUCGGGCGUCAAGACGUGCGCCAUGCAUACCGCAACACAUGACCACAAAUGUGUGCAGGUGUACCAUUCACUCAUUUCAUCCAUUUGAUGCUUGUGCAGGAUCGCCGGGGAGAUUGUGGAGCAGCUCCUCAAGAAACAGCCGAAGAACAAGAGCCUCCAAGAGCUGGACAGCCUCCUUGGUUUGAGAUCCUUUUCGCUGGACUUUUUCCAACGGGUGAUUGAUUUGGCCCUCGGCAGCGCCAACCAACCAGUCGGCUGA